AUGAAUGAUGAAGAAACAAAGGUGCUUGCAUCGAUCCUCAGGCAUGGAGAUACACUUCUAGUUCAGGGCCAUAGUGGGCAUAGACUGCGUCUCUACUAUGAUGCACUUCCUCACAUUGCUGCGAAGGCUGGGGUUUCAAGGUGUCGCGUACCGGUACCACUCUUGGUCUCCUCACUGGGACGCCUCUUUCGUCAGCUGAAACAUCUUGAUGCUUCCUCUUCCUGUGUUUUCUUUGUUAACACAGACCUUUGUUCUGCUGCCGCGGUGCGUGAGGCGCUGCUCCAUCAUGGUGUUAAACGCCGUCUGAGAACACUCACUCUGUGGAAACUCCACCACUCCCACCAGAAGACGUUAAAGUUGCUACGGGCGUUGGAACAGGGCGAUCGAGCGGCGGCUAAAAUGGUAGGAUUCCGAUACUCUUUUCCAGGUGAAAUCCAAUACCCGCUUAUCAUUCCAGAGUGGUAUGCGAUGUCUGAGAGUGCAUCACGUCUUAGUAAUUCAGCAGACGCUGCCUUGACUGCUGGUGUGGCUGAUAUCCGCUCCUAUUACUCGAAGUGGCUACCGGCUGCUAACGGGAGGCUCUGGACUGAUAUGUACAUCUUUGAGCGGAUGCUGCCCCCUGAUCUUUGCGGCAACCUUUUGGAGCCGCUUCGCACUGCCGUCGAGGCUGUCGCGCAGAGGGAAGUUACUGUUAUUGAUGUGUGUGAUGCCCGAGAAGGCGUGGAGCGCGCGGCGUUGUGUUUCUCUUUUUUAUCUGACGAGAUAUGUGUUAUGAGGCGCAUUUUAAGUGAUAUUGUCAAAUGUGUGAAGGCAAUUGGGUGGGCCCUUAUAGCUCAGACUGGAACAUCAGCCUCGUUCGAUAUGCCCAACCGGGUGAUUCAUCUGUGGCGUGGUUCGCGUGUGGCGUUCAAUGACGGACGUAGUGGUAUUGUUUGUGGCUUCGAGGAGGUGUUGUCACCCUGUGGCUAUCAAGGGGUUGAAUGGCCGGUUGUUAGAGUUGAUGGUGAGAACGACGCCAAACUUGUCCUGCCGUCUGUUGCUUUUCUUCACAGAAUGCGAAAUAUGCGUGUCUCGGAGCUUCCCCUUCGCUACGGUGAUACCACCACAGCGGAGGAGUUGUUUCUUGCUACACAGGCCUCAUUUACCGGGCGUCGCUGGACGCUGCGGCCGAGCCACUUUGUUGGGCACCUUGGUCGUUUGCGCUGUGCGCUCGCGUCGGUGCCCGAUAUAUCGCAGGUGGUGUUGACCAGUCCCGUACCAUGGGAGGCGAUUAUGAGUGUAGAAGGUCGUUAA